AUGCUUAUUCUUUUCAGCAGUUCGCAUGGGCAACAGAUGUUUUGGCAACUCGGUUCACCAAGACAAUUUUUUUUUAAAUGAAAACUAUUUGCAGCAUCCAAAUAUUUUCUGUGUGAAAUAUAUUCCCUCUAGGUAGUCUACAUAGACAUCGAAAUGUGUACGAUUUUUUAUUGCAAGACAUUUUGACCAUCAUCAUAUUGCAUGCCCGAAAAAUGAAUCUGUCACGGAAAACUCAACCAAAAGUUGAAGACAAAAAUAAUAAAAUAUCCACGAAUACCACAAAAAAAUACCAGAAAAAUCGUGAGAUGGUUUGAUUAGGGAAUCUAAGCUGCUCAUAACGCCUAUCUCUACAAUAAUACAUCAAAAGAAAAGCACCAUUUCCAUAUUCUCAUGUGAUCAAGGAAGUAAGUAGUAAAUUCUGAUUUUUUGUCCCUCCAAUACUACAAUGCUCACGGCAGAACCAUUUUACACAUUAACUCGAGGUGUAGUGACUCAUAAUGAAAAUUAAUCUACACAUUUAAGCUGGAGAAGAAUAAAAAAACAGAUGUUUUCCAUUUUCAGUCCCUUUCAACCAGUAAGGAAACAUUCUCAUAUCAAGAUCGUAUUAUCUCUCGUCUUGCAGUAGGUUUUCUCUAGUUUUCUUCAUCGGAGCAACUCCGUCAGGUGACUAAUCAUUUUCAGUCACUGAAAAUUGGAUGGAAAGAUGAACAUAAAUAUGACUAAGAUACACCCUAUGAACUGGAUCCAUGGUGGAUGAUGCAGUAAGCUUUCAACACGUGUUUUUAACUUAGCAGAAGUUAUUUCCAGGCAACGGCUAUAGCACAUGAAGAAGCCACCAGAAGGCACCCCAAGGUAAACCGAAUUCGAUCUAGUGCACUCAAGAAAGACACUGAGAAACAAGGCCUGUCUUCCCUAAAACACUUCACUUACCCGGAUUCGACAAUGUGGAAUCCAAUAGAGGCACCGGAAAAUAUCGAAAACAGAGAGGGAGUUUCCGCUCUCGGGAACACUUUUCUGAGACAAGUAGUACCCCAAAAACCCUACUCACAGUGAAAUAUAGCAGACGGAAAAGUUUCGAAGUGCGCCUGCUCCCGCCCACACGCCCGAGCAUCUCACUUCGCCACCGCGCAAGAUGGCCUGCUAUCGCGGCAACGCCUGCCGUGACCUCACUGUUUCCAGUACGAUUGAGGGAACAUCAAAGCCAGUUGCCAAAUUUCACUCAUAAAAACGACCCAGGAAAAACUGUGAGUGAAAGCACUAAGGAACGUGAGAGAGAGAAAGAGAGAAAGAGAGCGAGAGAGAGAGAGAGAGAGAGAGAGAGAGAGAGAGAGAGAGAGUGAAAUUUGCCCGCAACUCGUGACAAAUACUUCGGCGGGAGAACGAGUUAACCAAGUGGAAUCCACCGGCCGUCUCCCGCCUUCGCCUGGGAAGCCCUUUCCCGAAUGGCCCACGUCAGCACGUGACCGCCAGCUGUCAGGGUGCGUCUCAGAAUCGUCUACACUCCAGUGGUUUCUGAAAUGGGCUGGGCUUCUACGAUUAUGGGCCGGAACCAUCUUGAGCCCACGUUGGGCACACGGAAGCAUACCGUUUAUUCAUUUGGGGUAGAUCACUAGUAGGCACUUCUUUGCUAGCAUAGAAUAAAAAGGGUACUUAUACAAUUUAAAUGUAACUAAAGAAGUCGGAGCUUGCUAGGUAAAGAUGUGCGCGCCAGAAGGCCGGCGGCUGUCGACGGAGCCCUGGGAGCACUGGCGGCAUGGUAGAAUGUGCAUCUUGUUCUCGAUGGGGCAUCCGACGCCCUUGAGAGGAUGAAUCAUCUCCACUUCCCCCGAUGGCGACCACCUGGAGGAACCAGCCUUUGCUUUUCCGGAUAGUGUUCCCUCGUCUGCAAAUAUCGUUGCUCGAACUCCGCGUAUUUACGUCUUUCCCUUUGUUUAUUUACCUCCUUCUGAUGUCUGGGAGGUAUAUCUGCUGAAAAUUUCGAUGCCAGUCUCAUUUCAAUUUCCAUGCGCAGAGAUGUGCGCAAACACUCGCUACGGAAGGAGAAGGCACUAACGAUUGCAGAUUGAAAGAUUCUCAAUCCGACUCGGGGCUCGGUACUGGCCACUUGACGUUAAAAAUCUCCCACUCAUUCAAAUUAGUCGUAAAGCGUUGUUUUAUCCAAUGUAUUAAUUUAUUGUGGUUUUCUUCUGAUGUUGGCUAUAUAUCUACAUGAUUGAGUCUGUCUUACCAUUGUGAAGUAGGCUCCGAAGCUUAUUCAGUCUCAUCACUGUUAGCAUCUACGAGUCUUGUCCUGUACACGAGCAUCAAGCAAAAGCCUGUAUACACUUCUCUACCCACCUAACCGUGGCUUGAUGGAAUUGUUUUUUCUAGAAAACCAAACAGGAUGCGGCGUCAAAUCACAAUCCCAUUAUUGUGGCAGAGCCAUGGAAUACUAAUACAAUUGUGCAAACACUUCCAUGAGAAAUAAUAUGCAAGCGUCCUUUCAUUGUAGCUGUAAAUCAUUUUCUUCUUCGUACUUUUGAAGUUGACCCUUGUCCUAUCUGAAAAUCUUGUCUAAACCUAUAUUUAUGGAAUUUCAUCCAUACCAGUAUUGUUUAGGAGUACGUAUUCAUUUUUAGUUCGACUCAAAAUGUGAGCGCUAUGCGAUGCCAGAUUCUGUGUAAAAGUGAAUCGUAAAGCAUCAGGUUAUUUUGGAACAAGUAAUUAGUAUUGUUGUCAUUACUUAUCACCUGAACUAAAUCUCCCUUGACUUAGUAUUUUUUUCUUCUGAACGUAGAUUGCUUUAAUAUGUCAACAUGGAAGGUGGUCGAUUCGAGGGUUGCUGGCAUUAGUAAGGCAUCAAUAUCACCGUCUACUUGGAAAGUCCUAAAUAUCCUUCAAAGUAGAGGUAUUGCUAUUUUCUCCUUGUCCCACGUUGCUUAGGCUAUUACCUUAUGCCUUUUUGCUUAUAUAAUAUUACAUAAAUCAUUUAUCUAUUCCAAAAGAUACUCAGUUAUUUAUAAUUUCAUGGCCAUUUCACAUGCUCUUAUGGGAUAUUUCUAAUUUGGAUCUUUCAAAGGAUUGUCUUCUAUGAGGGUAUGCUAAGACAUUCCACAAAAUGCAGAAUUCCAGGCCUAUCUUGUGGGUGGCUGUGUUAGAGACUUGCUUCUGAAGAAAACACCAAAGGAUUUCGAUGUGAUCACAUCUGCCACACUCGACGAGGUUUUGACAUAUCGUCUGUUUGCUGACUGCCCUUUUGAGUGGGUUUUUUUUAACCCCUUUAGACAUUCUAAUGUUGAUUUCACCUAUUCUUUCUGUAGGUGAAAAGAGAGUUUCAUCGUGUUAUAGUCGUGGGCCGCCAAUUUCCAAUAUGCCGGGUGUACAUUAAGGGCUCUAUCGUUGAGGUUGCCCAUUAUCCAUGUGGGAAAACUUUUCUAUGUAUGUUCUUUAAAAUCCAUAAACUCUCUUGCUUAUUUUGUUUGAUCUUUAUCAGGUUUCUAGCUUUGAAACAACUCGGAAGAACGCAAAAGAGAGAAAAACCAUCAUUUCUCCUGAAAUGGCAUCUGAUUGUGAUAGUAACUCUCUUAUUCGCUGGAAAAAUUGUUUGCAGCGUGAUUUCACAAUCAACAGGUACAGCCAUUUUCAUUCUACUUUUGUUUUGUUAACUAUUUUGUUGAUUUCUCCCCACAAUUUCUGUUGCAGUGUUUAAUCUGGUUUGGUCAAUGUCAUCGCCCAUUUAAUAAUGUUUGACAUCUGUUGAUUGCAUUGUGUGCUGCAGUUUAUUUUAUGAUCCAUCUUCCAACACAAUCUAUGAUUAUGUUGAUGGGAUAAAAGAUGCAAUGUCAUCAAAGGUAAUUAUUAAGCUUCCAUGCGAUGCUUCUUGAAUGUUGAUUGAACCUUGUCAAUGAGUUCAGAUUUAUUUCUCAGUUUGCUGAUUGCUAGGUUUUCCCUUCGUAUCAGCUUAAAUACUUUAUAGGGAUUAGGGAGUAACAUAUUCAGAUUUUUUUCUGACGUUUUUCAUAGUUUUAUUCUGUCUUAUAUGGUUAUUAUUCUGAUCAGAUUCGGACAGUGAUCCCUGCUCAUCUAUCAUUUGAAGAGGAUUGUGGUAUGCGUGAUUGUCUGAAAAUUUCAUUCGCUAAGCACAGGUGACCUUCAGCGGACUAAAUAAAUACCUUGUUUUCAGCUAGAAUUUUGCGUGGUUUAAGAAUUGCGGCUCGGCUUGGUUUAGUUUUUUCUAAGGAAACUGCUCAGGCCAUCAGAGACUUUUCCUCAUCUGUAACCACUCUUGACAAGGUAUUUUUUGUUAAAUCUUCCUGUGUUCUUUUUUUGGCGUGAGAAUUAUUUUUUCAUCUGUAUUUUAUUUCUUUGAUUACAUCAUUAAUGUUUUCUAGUCAAGGUUGAUGAUGGAGAUGAAUUCUAUGAUGGCAUAUGGAGCAGCAGGACCCUCAAUCCUCUUACUUCAGAAAUUUAAGCUUCUUGAGAUCUUGCUUCCUAUUCAUGUAAGUAAUUUUUUGGUUUGAUUUCUCAUCAGGUAUGUUUGUAGAAUUCUCAGUUUGGGCGAAUGAACAAAAUGUUGUCUUAGAAUCCUCAAUUCUGGAUUUCAGGAUGCUUAUGUUUCUCUGCAAAUGACAAGUGAAUCUGGCUUACUUGCCAGCAUGCUGAUGGUUAGGUUUCUACCUCACCAAAUUUUCAUAUUCUAAGUGGCGGACACUCAAUCUCUCAUUUAAGUUUUUUAUGAUUUCCUCCACCCUCUUAUAAAGAAAAGCGAAAACAAAAAAGAAACUGAAAAAAACUCCUUUUUCUAGAGGGAAUAAUUAAAUUUGAUCUCAAUAACAUCUUGCUGGGAGCUAUAUUGUUCGUGUUUUAUGGUCCUCACCCAAUCUAUGGCAGUUCACAAAAUUACUCCUGAUGGAAACUAGUACAGAUGCCCCUCCCUUAUUUGUUUUCACGCAGGAAAAGGUGGAAGAACCUUUAGCUUCUUUUGUCUCCAAGUGGUCCAUAGGUUUUGCCAUAUCUUGUUUGGUGAUUGGUUUCGUUUAAUUUGACAUCUUGAAAAAAAUCUAUUGUUAGUCGUCUUACUGAUAAGACAAUUCACAUUUUUGUUGGAUUUGAUUGAAUUUGACGAUUGGCGUCCACUCAAAGCAGCCAAGUUAAAGGUUAGACUACUUUGAGGUCAUCAAACAAACCUGGUUGUUUCUGCUGCUUUAUUGAUUUGUGAGAUGCUCCCACCAUGCCCGUGUGAAUUUGUUUAAUGAGUUAAAAUAUGGACCUCUUGCUGGAUCUUGGCAAAAAGUUGUGGGUACUUGGUAUACCUUUCUGGUAACUUUUGGAUAUCAUCUGUCUCUCUUCUCUCUCACUCACAACACACACACUCUCUUCUCUCUCUCUCUCCCCCUCUCCCUCUCUCUCGUAGAUGUCCUGAACUUAUGCCCCCUUUCCACUCUGUAUCUCACUUUCUAAGAUGCUACUCUUAUGAUUCACAGAAACUGCUGUUCUGUGCUGAUAAGUUCCUCUCUGCUGAUCGACCUUCUGAGUGCAGUUUAUGGUGAGUAAUCAUGAUAAUUUUCUCCUAUUUUAGUGGAUCCAUUAUUAAUCCAUUUGUGUGAUGUAAUGUUUAGGCCCAUGCAACGUUUAUAUGCGUGUAUAUCCCGUUUUUGUACCCUCCAUUUUUUAAAGUCCUUUGAUAUGGCUGCAUGCGUAUAUAUUCAUAUUGCCCGCAGCCUUUUGUAUCAUGAACUAAACCCAUUUCCCGUACGUGCUAGAUGAGUCACCCAACUUCUCUCUUCACUCUUCAAUGAACUGAUUAUUUAUACUCUAAUGAUAAAAUACCCUUGAAUCAGGCUGGGGUUGUUGGCCUUCCACCUGGCAUUGCUUCUUCAUCCUCAAGAUGCUCUGGUUGUAUGGACCUUCGCCUCCAUCCUGUAUCACGGUGAGUGGAAAACGGCGGUGGGUUUUGCCAGAGAAAGCGCCAGCGCACGGGUGCGUUUCGUUCCAGAGCUCAGAAGUCAUUCUGAGAACGAGGCAGAUGACUUGCUUCUGGAGAAGGUAUCCCGUCUGGCGUCCUUGGUGAAGUCAUCGAUUCGGGCUUUUGUAGAUGCUAAUGCUCUGGCGGCAUUAAAUGCCAAGUACUGCGGAGCUUCUCGUUCAGGUUUGGUAAGUGAAGAAUACAUUCUUCUUUAUUCGUUUUCCGUAUGCAUCCUAGUCUUUAUCUGCACUGAAGGACUUCUAAAGGGCUGGGCAAGACCAGAGCCCAGCCCUGCCCAGUUAUUUUUCCCAUAUAUGUAUCCCAAAAUCAACCUGUGAUGGAAAAAAUGACCAAACCUGAGCUGAGUCCAGGCUUUGCUACGGUCAAGAUCAAUAGUUUAGAACUCUUCAUUUCUUGCCAGAUGGCCUCCCACAACCAACCAAUUGGACGCUCAUCUCUCUCUCUCUCUCUCUCUCUCUAUAUAUAUAUAUAUAUAUAUAUAUAUUGCAUAUGGAGAUGGGCCGACGUCAUUUACAGCCCUUUUCUUCAGAUAUCCCGGACAACUGAUUCGGGUCCUUUUUUCAGCUUACCUCAUUUUUUAUGUGCCUUUGAUCGAUUUUCCCUGUGGGAUUGCGCCAUAAAUCAGAGUUACAUCGUAUCUUUUAUUCUGAGUUUAUGUCCCAUUUCUCAGAUCAGUUUUAUCUCAUAUUUUUCCCUUCUGGGUUAUUGCAUCAUAGUUUCUAUAAAUCGGCUUGGCUUCACCAGCUCAUUUGAUUUUCAGGUCUUUGUCUCCCCCAAGAUGGGGAACACUGUCGCAGAGAUAUUCAGUGUCCUAACACCCGGCAUAAGAUCCCAUGCCACCACUGGAAGGAAGGCACGUGGCGUUGACUAUGAGUUACUGAAGAGGGGGAACCCGGAUGAAGUGAGACUCGUACUCGGGAAGAUUAUCAUAGAUGCCAUGAACAGUGGUGGGGUCGCGAAGGGCAAGGAGGAAGAACCGGCAGACCUUAAAGCCCCUACCUCCCUGUAUAGUCUCUUCCGAUGUUGA